AUGGGAUCAAGCAUAGGAAAAAAGAAGACAGAUAAGGGAAAGAGAGAGGAGAACAGAGCAGUGUCUCCUGCCUCCAGUGGCGUUUCUAAAAAUAGUGACCAUUCCAAACCUCCUCCUAAAGGCUUCAGUUAUGAUCCUGGACCAAAAGAUCUAAGACUGACUGAAGUCCAGAAGAUGGAAGAUCUGGAUCAAAAGGAGCACAGAGCAGAACCUCCAGGAUCCAGCUGUCUGGCUAUGAGGAGUGAUGGAUCCAUAGGAGACCAACCAAACUUCAGAGCAGAACCUGAACCCUCAGACAUAAAAGGCCAGAACCGCAGACAGAGAGCAGAACUUCCAGGAUCCAGCUGUCCGUCUAUGAGGAGUGACAGGUCCAUAGCAAAGCCACCAGACUUCAGCGCAGAACCUCCAGCAUCCAGCUGUCUGUCUAUGAGGAGUGACUGGUCCAUAGUAAAGCCACCAGACUUCAUGGCAGAACCUCCAGGAUCCAGCUGUCCGUCUAUGAGGAGUGACUGGUCCAUAAAUCCAAUCUUGAAGGUGGAUGCAAGCAGCGCUGAGACCCUCGGUUACAUCAGCUACGUCGGCUCAGCGCUCUCUGCCUUCUUUGCAUUCUGCAGCCUGUUCAUCUAUGUUCAUUUUCAUCGGCGGAGGCCCGAGAAGGCCCUCGGCAUCCACAUGCAGCUGACUGGGGCAUUGCUGUGCCUCCACCUCGGCUUCCUGAGUUCAAGUUUUUUGGUUCAUCUGCUUAAAGAGGAGCAGGGCGGCUGGGUUUGUCGAGGUCUGGGUUUCUUCCUGCACUGGUCUCUGCUGGCUACGUUUACCUGGAUUGCCCUGGAAGGAUUCCACCUUUACCUCCUCCUCAUCAGAGUCUUUAACAUCUAUGUCAGUAGAUACCUGCUAAAGCUCUCCAUAGUGGGAUGGGGCUUUCCUACACUUGUUGCAGUGAUUUGUGGGAGUUUAGGUGUUUAUGGCAGAUACACUCUGGAAAUAUGGGAUUCCAAUAACAACACAUCACCAUCGCAAAUAUGCUGGAUGAGCAGCGAGUUCCAACAGAGACAUGUAGUCUCGUACAUCACUCUGGCUUUUCUUUGCCUGACUGUGCUGUAUAAUACCUGCAUGCUGCUGGUGGUGGUGUCUAAGAUCUGGAAGUUAAGAGGUGGACAAAGGAACUGUAAAUGCAGCGACUGGAAGAUGAACAAGGAAAACUGGUCCAGGUUAUGGAAGGACGCCGCUAAAGUUCUGGGCCUUAGCUGGGUCCUUGGGUUGCCAUGGGGAUUGGCCAGCUUCACUUAUGUUACUUUAUCUGGAAUCUACGUUUUCAACAUCUUAAACUCUCUGCAAGGUGUUUUUAUAUUCCUGUGGGCUGUGGCUUUGUCGUGCAAGUAUCGAUCGGAAAAGAAAUCCAAAGUCCAAGAUUCUUCCACACAGAAAAUUACAACAAGCAGCGUCAACUGAUAUUUAAUAAUCAAUGAUACUCGCAUAUUAAACCAUAUUUGGCAAAAAAUUAGCUUGAAAUGUGAAGCUAAGCUGUUAUUUUCCAAAAUGGUGGCCGUGGGUCAGGGUGUCAGCUGACCCAAUAUUAUACAGGGGUCACAA